ACAGGGGAGUCGCAUCCAGCGGUCCAGAAAGAAGGGAACACGCUAUGUGCGACACAUCACAUAUAAACUCAUAAAAUAUGACGACCUCACACCGACUACUGGGAAGGUGCUUCGCACACACCGGGGGCUUUAUUUCAUUUCCGUUGCAGGGAUGACCUGGCAGGUGCUACAAGCUCUCAUCUGGUCCACAUCAGGAGUAGCGCGCGGUGCUGCGUCUGCGUGUCACCUCAAAAGAAAUGCCGUCUCACCGAAGUGAUCAUCUAUUUCCUGGCGGAUUUUAUGCCACAGCAAGCAGGAUCGUCUUGCAUUGUGUUUCUCGAGUCACAGACUGAAUUUGACUUGUGUCCCCAGGACUGAAAAAGCUUCGAAAGCCGGAUGCAAAAACCUUCGUUUGGUGCUUAUGCAGCCUUGUCAGUAAUUACACCCCACAGCUAAACCGGGAGUCACCCUAUAAAUCGACUGAUUAAACAAUGGAAAGACCUUCAAUAUGUCGACCUAGAGGAUAGAAGAGAGAAGGCCUGGAGUUGAAGCCAUGGUCAUCACUGAUAGAAACAAUGACACCCCUGUGCCUAAAAAGGAUUCCCAGAAGAAGAGGAAGUCUCGUCCUCAUGGCCUGCCCUCUCCUGCACUCUGCUGUGCCUGUGGCCUAUGCAUCAUGCUGGCAGGACUCAACAUCACCCUGGUGGGAGCAUUUGCCUUCAGCACAUUGGUGCCUUCUGCCAAUCCCCCUAUAAUCAUUGGACCUGUCCUGCUGCUGGUAGCUUUCUCUUUUUUUGGAGCCUGUUGCGUGUGCAGCCGUCUCCCUCCUCCCAACAGCUCACGAGGGUCUAAAGUGGGUGCCAGGGGCACAGGAUUGAUGGGACGUGGCGGGCUGGCUGGUGGGGCAGCAUUUGAAAUAGAGACAAGUGAGCACACGCUCCAGGACACUACAGCUGUGCAGCUGAGCCCCACAUCCUCUCCUGGAUCAUCCCGGGCCUCCAGCGCAGAGAUAGAGACCCCUGAUGCAGGAUCUUGCAAGAUUUUCACCAUGGAGACCAACGGUCCUUCUUGUGUUUCUGCUACAGCGGUAUAUUCAGCCUCAGCAGCAGCAGGCAGGGAGGUGAAGCUCAACCUGCCACGUGAAGAAGUGGUCACCUAGCAGAGCAGGAACUCAUCCAAAGCCAGAGUUCUAGCAGUGUAAAUAUCCAUCUGAUUCGAGGGCUUGGUGGGAGUGAUUGUGUCUUAAUGUUUACCUAGUGCCAUCUGUCUAGUCGUGACAAAUUGUCAAGGGUAUGAUUUUAAUUUCUCUUGCUGUUCAACAAGUCAGUAGCAUGCAAAUUUAAUAAAACAUUAGUAUUUUGGAUCAUUGGUAUUGGAAUUUAAAUUCCUACCUCUGUUGUGCUGUUUCCUUUUAGGUCUGUUUUAAACAUGGGGCAUUAUGAACAAUUUUCAUGUAGAAAUCUAAGCAUCAGAAAUAUUAAGUAUUUAUUUUUCUCUGUUACUGUGGUUAGUCACAUUCUGUCAGCUCAGAUUGCAGAAAGUUCAAUAGAAAUUUUUGAUGAGUGAUUAAUUCUGAAAAGAUUACAUGUGAAAGGCCAACAGCUGAUCUUCACAGGUGACAUUUGGCAUUUUGUGUGCCAUGCUCAGCCCUGAACUUGUUUUGGGGCCUAUGAUAUUUUUUAGGUCAAAGGGGCCCCAAAGCAAUAUUGUUCAGCAAAUAUUCAACUUUUGGCACAACUGUGUGAUGGCACAAUGCUAUAGGCAAUGAGUUUGCAGUACUUUUACAUGCAACUGUGCACAGUUUUGGAUCUUGGAGGCAUUAUACUUGUAGUUUGAUGUAGCUUUUGUCAUCACACCAACCAUAACACUGUGAAUAUUAUGUUUCGCUCCAUGGUCUCAACAGCUUCUAAUAAUGUGCAAAGUUAGUUGCAGCUUCCAUGCUCAUUAUAUAUAUAUAUUUUUUUCCCCCCCAGCAGAGUGGAAAAGGAGUUUAGGCCAUGAUGACUCUUGGGUCAUGUCAAACUUAAAUUUAUAGCGGGACUCAAUUUAAACAGUAUAUUUUCUGAAUUUUAAACACAUGAAUUUCACAAUACGCAUUUACCUCAGCUGCACUACUAUUUAUAAUAUUGGAAAGCCAAGGCAUUAAACAGAGUUUAGAUAUUCAGAUUACUUUUUAAUUACUUAUUAAAAAUAAUCUGUUUUACCGUCACUGUGAUGUCUUCUUGUCAUUCAUACAGUAGGCCUAACUGGUCAUAGGAGACAUUUAAACCCUGUUCUCCUUUGAAAGGAAAGUUGCCUUAGACUGAAAUAUCAGGAUCAAUUUAAUGAGGGCUAUAUAAAAGUGCACAACAGCAGUUUUCUUCAGAAAGCCAUUGCUUGGCUCUGAAUUUAUAGGAAAGCCUCAACAAGUUUUGGUUUUUGUGAGUGUUAUAAAUGCAUGUGAAUGGCUUAAGUGUUACAUCUAACAGACAUAUAGAAUAGCAGCAGAGUAAACAUCUGCAUACAUCCACAUUCCUUGUACACUUAAAUUAUUUAUGAUGCAGUUUUCCUAUCAAAGCACAGUUUCAUGCCAAAUGAGAGUGCUUUGCCCAAUUUUGCAUGUUUAGAAAAAGAAAUGUGGAAAUGCAAAUACCCCUGAAUUAUUGAUGUUUUCUGUGUUUUUGAUUUGUGUAGCACUUAAACAGAAACUGGGGAAAAAAGAAAACAUGUAAAGGCUGAAAUAUUUUUGUAAAGAUUAUGAUAUCAAGUAACCAACUCAAAUGUGAAUACUUCAAAAGUCCAAUAUAAAUAAAUAAAUAAAUAAUAAUA